AUGACAGCCAACAACGACUAUAACAAUAACGAGAAGGAAACUAUUGAAUUCAAGAUUAAACGUCCAAGUUUUCCACCAAAAAUUGAUCCAAAAGAAUUAGUUGCUAAAUUGAUUAAUCAUAAAUCAAAAUCACCAAAAGUUCCAAAUGAAUUUUUCAUUUAUCGUGCUGCUUUAGUCAAGGAACUUAAAGAAAAUAAUUGUCGUGUUAAGAUGACCAAAGUUUCCACAAUUGCAUCGGAAUCUUGGAAUCUAGAAACAUUAAAAGUCAAGACUGAAUACAGAAAACUUGCAAGAGAAACUGAAAAUCUUUAUAAUAAAGCUCUAAGUAGUUUGGAUUAUAAUGAUCUAGUCGAUUUAAAUUUAAACCUUGGUUUAUUUUUAAAUGAUAUUAAUAAUAAUAAUUUACAAAAGGGCGAAAUUUCUAUCACUCAAGGAUUAGGUUUAGAUAUCUUUGGUUCCCCCUUUCUAUCAUAUAAUCAUAACGAUCCAAUUUUAAAUCCUUUUAAUUUCGUAUCCAACGACAUCAACAACGAACUGAUUAAUUCUAAUUCUUUACCUCCAUCGCCGACGCUUUCUUUAAUUUCUUAUUCAACAUCUAAUGGUUUCUCAACUCAAUCUUCUCCAAUAAUAUGGUCGAUGCCUGAAUCUCCAUUAGUCUCAAUACCUAAUCCUACUCCGUUCCCUCAAUUAACAAAUUUAAAAGAUAAUAAUUCUUUAGACGAAUUUCUAAUUUUCAAUAAUGAUAAUAAUGAUAUAAAUAACAAUAUCGAUAAUACCAACAUUAUUAAUAAUAAUUUAAACGAUAUUAAUACUAUCGAUAUAAAUAAUUAUAAUUAUAAUAACAAUAUUAACAACAACAACAACUACGACGACCACAAUUUAUAUGAUUUAAUAAUAGACGAUCCUCAAAUCAAUAAUUUUAUUUUUCAAUAA